UUGCGUGGGGUUUCCUUCUUGUGUAGUGAACGUUACGUCGUCAUGGCUGAGGCCGGUUGUUUUAGGAAGUCCAUGGACCGCUAAACCUGGCUUUGCUCCCUGUAAUGCGGUUUAGUGGAUGUCUUCUCGGUAUUAAGCAGGCAGUGAUAGCAGCCCUCCAUCAGCCCCACCGUCUUCAGUCACCCAGAGCUUCUCUGAAUGUGCGACCGACCGGGAACUGCAGCUAGCUUGAAGCAGCGUUAGCUCAUGCUGCUGUCUUCACAGCAGAUUUCUUGAGGACCAAAGAAGCUCUAAAAAUCUGAAAAUCGCAUUUUGACAACUUUUUGGAGAAGGUUGUAUAUUACACAAAAUAAGGUUUAUUUCUGGGAACUUUGUUUUACCAGUGGUUCGCACAUCCCUGUUGUGGCGUUCAAGAUGGCUGGGCGCAGUGAAGAUGAAAGUGUGAGCAAUAGCAAUGGAGAAUCAAGUAAUUCUGAUGAUGAGUCUGGAUCAGGCUCAGCCUCUGCUUCGGGUUCCGGCUCCAGUUCCAGCUCCUCCAGCAGUAGCAGCCAGUCGGGGAGCAGUGACUCAGGAAGCGGCUCAGACUCUGGCAGUCAGUCUGAGUCUGACACUGAGAAAUCCAAUGAGAAAAAAGAAUCACCAAAUAAGCCAAACAUUGAUGGAGCCGAGUUCUGGAAGUCCAACCCCAGCAUUCUGGCAGUUCAAAGAUCGGCUAUGCUCAGGAAACAGCAGCAACAGCAGAGACAAGCCUCUUCUAACAGUGGGUCAGAUGAGGACUCUUCAAGUAGUGAUGAAUCUGACACCUCAAGUGGAUCCAGAAAGCGAGGGAAUUCAGACUCCUCUGACUCUGGAUCAGGCUCAGUCUCUGGGAGUGAUACUGGGUCAGAUUCAUCGACAGAGGAUAACAGUAAUGAAACUGCAUCAGACUAUGAGCCCAGUCUCAAAUUUAAAAGCAGAAAACUUCCAACCAAGAUGAAUUCUCGAAAUGGAAAAAGUAUCACUCAGAGAAAGAAAUCCCAAAAGUGUUCAUCUUCUGAGGAUGAAAAUAACUACGCAAAGAUAGCAUGUGGAGGGCCAAGAAGACAGGCCACCGUCAACAUAAGUUAUAAGGAAGAUGAAGACAUAAAUACAGAUUCUGAUGAUUUGGUGGAGGUUUUGGGUGAAGAUGUUCCAAUGCCUGAGGAGGAAGAGUUUGAAACAAUUGAAAGAGUAAUGGACUGCAGGUUAGGACGAAAAAGAGCAACAGGAAGUUCAACCACCGUAUAUGCUGUAGAAGCAGAUGGGGACCCCAAUUUUGACUUUGAUUCAAAUAAAGAGACUGGCGAGGUUCAAUAUUUCAUUAAGUGGAAAAACUGGGCUCACAUCCAUAACACCUGGGAGACUGAGGAAACACUAAAGUUGCAGAAUGUCAGGGGUAUGAAGAAACUGGAAAACUUCAAAAAAAAGGAACAAGAGAAAAAAAAAUGGUUAAAGGCAGCAUCACCAGAAGAUAGAGAAUAUUUUAAUUGUCAGGAGGAACUGAUGGAUGACCUGCAUUCUCAGUAUCGGCUUGUUGAACGUAUCAUAGGACAUUCAAAUCAGAAGUCAGCUGCUGGUUACCCUGACUACCUCUGCAAGUGGCAAGGUUUACCAUAUUCAGAGUGUAGCUGGGAAGAUGGUGCUCUGAUUGCCAAAAAGUUCCAGAAAUGCAUUGAUGACUACAUGGGCAGAAAUCAGUCAAAGACCAUUCCCUCUAGAGAUUUGAAGUUGAUGAAACAGAGACCCAGGUUUGUACCAAUGAAGAAGCAGCCGGCUUACAUUGGAGGUGAUGGACUGGAGCUCAGGGACUACCAGCUGGAUGGUUUAAACUGGAUGGCCCACUCCUGGAGCAAAGGCAACAGUUGUAUUCUUGCUGAUGAGAUGGGCUUAGGAAAGACCAUCCAAACAAUCUCUUUCCUCAACUGCCUGUUUCAUGAGCACCAGCUGUAUGGACCAUUUCUACUAGUGGUGCCUCUUUCUACACUUACAUCUUGGCAAAGGGAAAUACUGUUAUGGGCCCCACGGAUGAAUGUUGUCGUCUACCUUGGAGACAUCAACAGUAGGAAUAUGAUACGAACACAUGAGUGGAUGCAUGUCCACAACAAGAGAUUGAAAUUUAACAUCCUCCUCACAACGUACGAAAUUCUUCUAAAAGACAAGUCGUUUCUAGGUGGUGUUAACUGGGCCUUCAUUGGUGUGGAUGAGGCACACAGGCUGAAAAAUGACGACUCUCUUCUAUACAAAACAAUGAUUGACUUCAAAUCCAGUCACAGGCUUCUAAUCACAGGAACACCUCUUCAGAAUUCCCUAAAAGAGCUCUGGUCAUUGCUCCACUUCAUUAUGCCUGAAAAGUUUCACUCCUGGGAGAUGUUUGAGGAGGAGCAUGGAAAAGGCAGAGAUUCGGGCUACACUAGUCUCCACAAGGAGCUGGAACCUUUCCUGCUGCGUCGUGUCAAGAAGGAUGUCGAAAAAUCUCUGCCAGCUAAAGUGGAGCAGAUUCUCCGAGUGGAGAUGAGUGCUAUCCAGAAACAGUACUAUAAAUGGAUUUUGACCAGGAACUACAAAGCUCUGAGUAAAGGCACAAAAGGCAGCACAUCUGGCUUCCUGAACAUCAUGAUGGAAUUGAAGAAAUGUUGCAAUCACUGUUACCUUAUCAAGCCUCCUGAUGACAACGAAUCUCUGAGCAAAGUGGAAGCUUUACAGCAACUGGUCCGCAGUAGUGGGAAGCUUGUGCUAUUGGACAAACUGCUGGUUCGUUUGAAGGAGCGAGGUCACAGAGUUCUAAUCUUCUCCCAGAUGGUACGGAUGCUCGACAUUCUGGCUGAAUAUUUAAGGAGCCGCCAGUUCCUCUUUCAGAGAUUAGAUGGCUCCAUCAAAGGAGAAAUACGGAAACAAGCUUUGGAUCAUUUUAAUGCCGAGGGCUCAGAGGAUUUCUGCUUCUUGUUAUCUACACGUGCGGGUGGACUGGGUAUCAAUCUAGCGUCAGCUGACACAGUGGUGAUCUUUGACUCAGAUUGGAAUCCUCAAAAUGAUCUUCAAGCUCAGGCCAGAGCCCACAGAAUUGGACAGAAAAGACAGGUAAAUAUCUAUCGGCUGGUGACAAAAGGCUCAGUGGAGGAAGACAUCAUUGAGAGGGCAAAAAAGAAAAUGGUUUUAGACCACCUCGUCAUUCAAAGAAUGGACACUACAGGAAAAACUGUCUUGCAUACUGGAUCUGCACCCUCUAGCUCAGCACCUUUUAGCAAAGAGGAGCUCUCUGCAAUUCUGAAGUUUGGUGCUGAAGAGCUUUUUAAAGAGCCAGAAGGUGAAGAGCAAGAGCCUCAGGAAAUGGACAUUGAUGAGAUACUGAAGAGAGCCGAGACCAGGGAAAAUGAUCCUGGGCCGUCCACUGUUGGAGAGGAAUUGCUGUCUCAGUUCAAGGUUGCUAACUUCUCAAUGAUGGAAGAUGAAGAUAUUGAUAUUGAUUCUGAGCGAAGUCAGCGGAGCUGGGAUGACAUCAUACCUGAAGAACAGAGGAGAAGAAUGGAGGAAGAGGAAAGACAGAAGGAGCUUGAAGAAAUUUACAUGUUGCCACGCAUGAGGAAUUGUGCUAAACAGAUAAGUUUCAACUCUGAUAGACGGCAGAGCAGGAAUAGAAGAUAUUCUGGCUCUGACAGUGACUCCACUUCCGACCGAAAGAGACCAAAAAAACGGGGAAGACCUCGAACCAUUCCACGGGAAAAUAUCAAAGGUUUUACAGAUGCUGAGAUCCGCAGGUUUGUCAAAAGUUACAAAAAAUUUGGAGGACCACUUGAAAGGUUGGAUGCCAUUGCUCGUGAUGCUGAACUUGUGGAUAAAUCUGAACAUGACUUGAAACGCUUGGCAGAGACUGUUCAUAAUGGAUGUGUAAGAACACUACGUGAAAACCCAUGUGGGCCAGAGAAGACAUCAGGAGGCAGACGAGGAAAAGUGAAAGGGCCAACAUUUAGGAUCUCUGGAGUCCAGGUUAAUGCCAAGCUUGUUAUCUCCCACGAAGAAGAACUGGCUCCACUCCACAAGUCCAUCCCUGCUGAUCCUGAGGAGAGAAAGAGGUACAUGAUUCCAUGUCACUCGAAGGCAGCACACUUUGACAUUGAAUGGGGAAAGGAGGAUGAUUCAAGUCUUCUCAUAGGAAUUUAUGAAUAUGGAUAUGGCAGCUGGGAAAUGAUCAAGAUGGACCCGGACCUAAAUCUCACACACAAGCUUCUACCAGAUGAUCCUGACAAGAAGCCACAAGCCAAGCAGCUCCAAGCCAGAGCAGACUACCUCAUCAAAUUACUGAGCAAAGACCUGGCCAAAAGAGAAGCACAGAAACAAACUGGAACAGUUAAUUCAAGGAAGAAGAAACCAAGAAGGAAAAUUGGCAAAACUCUAAAGUCAAUAAAGGGGGAUGAUGUGAUCAAGAGCCCAUCUUCAGAUCUGACUUCAGACAAGAGAUCCGAUGAUGAGAAUGAAAUUGAUGUAGAAAAGAGGAUGGUAACCGGAAGGGCUCCAACCAAACAUGUUCAAGAAGACAAGUUAAAGGGAAAGAACGAUUAUGAUGAGCAUCAUGAGCAUCAAGCUUCUUCAUCAGAGGAGAGAGACUGUGAAGAAAAAGAGGGAAAAAAAGAGGAGGCUGAAAGCUGUGACAUUAAAGAGAGUAAGGAGCCAGUACAGAAACUGGAGGAUGACAAUGGAGAAAAGAUUGAAGUAAAAACCGAGGUACGAGAAAGGACAAAGAGAGCUUCAAACUUAUCAGCUCAGAAGGCAUAUACUGCAGAUAAUGUGCCAGUAUGUGAGGAAUCUGAGGAAUUGGACCAAAGAACUUUCAGCGUGUGUAAAGAGAGAAUGCGUCCAGUCAAAGCUGCCCUGAAGCAGUUGGACAGACCAGAGAAAGGACUGUCAGAGCGCGAGCAGCUGGAGCACACCAGACAAUGUCUCAUAAAGAUUGGGGACCACAUCACUCAGUGUUUGAAGGAGUAUUCCAAUCCUGAUCAGAUCAAGCAAUGGAGAAAGAACCUGUGGAUAUUUGUCUCUAAAUUCACAGAGUUUGAUGCAAGAAAACUACACAAACUCUAUAAGCACGCAAUCAAGAAAAGACAAGAAAAUGCCCAAACUGUGGAGCAGAACACUAGAACUAUAAACACUCAAGGCUAUAAGCAUGCAGAUGUUGAAAGACUGAAGGACAGCUCCCACCAAGAUGACAGCAGCAGAGAUAGCUACUGCUCAGACAGACAUCAGCCUUCAGGUAGAUACUCUGAAAGCAGCAGCAAUAAAGACAGACAUGGCUCUGAGUACCACAAGAAGACCAGUGUGGUAGACUCCAGGAAAAGGCCGUACUCUUCUUUCAGCAAUGGGAAAGACCACAGAGACCACUAUAAGGCAGACAGCCGAGACAGACAGGACAGGUAUGCAUGAACAUUCACACAAGGAGACAUUUCUUAUCUUUCUUAACUUUAAAGUUAAGAAUUUGUUUGUAGAAUAACAAAUUGACCAUUAUUUGCCUUUUUUAGUUAUAUAUAAUUGGCCUUUAUCAGGCAAUUGGCCUUGCCUGACUAUUAAAUAGACAUAUCUUGGGGCAGCCGCUCUGUUGACACAGUGACGGUCUGUCAUAUGUGUCUGGAGGACAGUGAUUAUUCUGUACAUGUACAAGUGCUUUCUAACUUCUGGAAAACAUAACUAGUUCCAAAAAUGGUAAGAUUUAUUUAUUUUUAAUAGUUUUCAAGCAUUUCUAACAAAGUGGGUGGAUCCAAGAGGCACAGCCAAGUGUGGGGAUGAGUGGCCGUGAUCUGGACAAAAUAAAAAAAAAUUUCAACUUAUCUACAUUGUCACUAUAUUUAUCAAAUGUUCAGACUCCUCAGGUGACUUUUUUUCUUAACAACUAUUACUAAUAAACCUAGUAAUUCGUUUUCUGUGUUGUUUGCUGACUUUUAUGGCAACAACGCUCUAUGACUCAGCCUGAACGAGCUUCAACUUCUGCCAUAAUUACAUAGUUACAUAAUUUGUGCUUCCAGCUUAUAAAACCACCAAAAACAGUAAUUCAAAAACUUAGAAUACUCUGAAGACAUCAACCUAAGCUACUUCUCAGGUUUGCAUUAAAAAAAUGAUAGAAAUUAAAAUAAUUCUUCAACUGAAUUGUACUUCAGUUGAAGAAUAUUCCCAAAUAUUCUUGUUGUGUUCUAGUUUUAGCUUUUCUCAUCCCUGUCCGUUUUGGAGGAAGUAGUCGUGCUGUCUUCCUCCUGCUACAAUCCUCCCUGACGGUGAUUUGAGUUGAAUUUUAACUACUUCCAUUUUGCUUUUUGAUGA